UCCGGUAUAUUUAACUUCACACAUUAAAAAAAACCAAACAAUCCAAAAAAAGUUUUUAAUACUCCAUGCGACAUGCCAUUUGUGGAGGAUCCUGCUCAUCUCUCUAAAUCUCGACUGAAGGCGGAUUUAGUUGCGCACAAUGUCGCGCUGCCACCUGCGGAGAGCAAAAAGGAGAUUUACGUGGAGCUGCACUUGAAAAACAUUGAUCAGAAAAACGCAGCGGAUUUUUCCAGUGAUGAGGAGGAUCCGGUGCAAGAUGUGGCAGAGCAGGAGGAGGAUCCGGAGGACACAGAGAUGCCUGACCCGAGUGACUUGACUGAUGAUGACCUCAAGGCUAUGCUACUCAAAUACGGAGUUAAGGCUGGGCCCAUAGUUGGCUCCACCAGGGCCUUGUAUGAGAGGAAGCUCAAGAAACUGCUUCAGUCUGAUGGACACGACAGAUUGAAUGGAGCAGAGAAAGCUGUGCUGUACUCUGACAGUGAAGAAGAAGCCGAAGAGGAAGAAUCGGAAAAACUAGAACCCGUUGACCAGUCGGACCAGGCCCUACAAGAGAGCAGCCAGCUUCCUCAGGAACCUGUGACAGAUAGUUUCAGUGACCUCCUUCCAGACAUGAAGACCACACCCACAGGGAUCUAUGCCACCUGUCGGAGACCUAUCAGGGGUGCAGCACAGAGACCUAUCCAGUAUGCAUACCCAGACACUCCAAUCAGUCCCAUGACCCUGGAGAGACGAGAGGUGGAGCGCCGUCUUGUACCCAUCCAGAUACAGAUUUUUGUCUUCCUCAUUGUGGCGUGCAUCGUAUACUUCCUUUUUGUUAAUGUUGAGGACGGUAGCUUUGUUUCGGACUUGCUGGACAGUCUAAGCCAGGGGUAUAGUGCAAAUGGUGCCUUUUGAAUUGAUUUGUGUUACUUGUGUGUUUUGUAAUAUUUGAUUCAUAUUUCAAUAAAGAAUGUUCUGCUU